UAGAUCAAUUUGAAGGAUUUACAAUUCCUGAUAAUUCUGGUCAACUGGCAGAACUUUUAAAUAUUAUAGAAGUAAUGUUUGCUUUUAAGCGACGUAUCAUGGAUCUUCAUCACUUUGUUCAAG